AUGGAUUUCUUUAAUUUGAAUAAUAAUAAUAAUAAUAAUAAUACUAAUAACAAUAAUAGUACAGGAAAUAGUAACAAUACUAAUAACAACAAUACAAAUGCCGGAGCCAGUAGUGUGGACGAUUUCCAGAAUUUUUUCGACCCAAAAUCUUUUGACCAGAAUUUGGAUUCCAAUAACAACAACAAUAACAACAAUGAUAACAAUAACAGUAACACAACAGCUUCCGGUUCGAACUUUACUUCUCCAACAGCAGUGGUGAAUAAUGCCGGUACUGCUAAUGUUGCCGGUGGAAAAGCUGCUAAUUUCAUUCAGAAUCAAUCUCCUCAGUUUAGUUCUCCAUAUGACUCGAACAAUUCCAACACGAAUUUAAACAGCUUAUCUCCUCAAGCCAUCUUAGCGAAAAACUCAAUUAUCGAUUCUUCCAAUUUACCUCUGCAAACUCAGCAACAGCUAUAUAGCGGUAACAACAAUAAUGGCACCGCCAUUGCGAACGAUAAUGUCAUAACACCCCAUUUUAUCACUAACGUUCAAUCUAUCAGUCAAAAUUCUUCUUCUUCUACUCCAAAUACGAACUCGAACCCUACUCCGAAUGCAAAUCAACAAUUCUUGCCAUUCAACAAUGGUUCUUCCAACAAUAACAAUUUGGCACCUAACCAGCUUAUAUCCAAUUAUGGAGCUUCAAACUUAAUGGACAGGUCAUCCUCUGCAAGUAAUGAAUUUGUUCCGAACGCAAAUGACAGCAACAAUAACAAUAACAACAACAACAACAAUAAUAUGCGUAAUAACAGCAACAACAGCACGAGCAAUAACAACAACAAUAACGCCACUGCUGUACCUGCUGCCAGCUCCGUUAAUAGCAAUAAUUCAACUUCAAACGCAAAUACAGUGUUUUCUGAAAGAGCUGCAAUGUUUGCCGCUUUGCAACAAAAGCAACAGCAACGUUUUCAGGCUCUGCAACAACAGCAACAGCAGCAGCAACAACAGCAACCACAACCACAACCACAACAACCACAACAGCAACAACAACCACAACAACCGCAACAACCACAACAACCACAGCAACAGCAGCAACCACAACAACAACAAAAUCCCAAAUUUUUACAAAGUCAACGGCAACAACAACAAAGAUCUAUCUUACAAAGUCUGAACCCGGCAUUACAAGAGAAAAUAUCUACUGAGUUGAAUAAUAAACAAUAUGAACUUUUUAUGAAGUCUUUGAUUGAAAACUGUAAAAAAAGAAAUAUGCCGUUGCAAUCGAUACCAGAAAUCGGCAAUAGAAAGAUCAAUCUUUUUUAUCUUUAUAUGUUAGUUCAAAAAUUCGGUGGUGCUGAUCAAGUAACAAGGAACCAACAAUGGUCUCUGGUGGCUCAAAGGUUACAAAUAUCUGAUUACCAGCAAUUAGAAUCAAUCUAUUUUAGAAUUUUAUUACCUUACGAAAGACACAUGAUUUCCCAAGAAGGUAUAAAGGAAACUCAAGCCAAAAGGAUAUUCUUGCAACAGUUUUUACAAGAACUAUUGAAGAAAGUUCAACAACAGCAGCAGGCCGCCGCAUUGGCCAAUCCUAGCAAUAAUAUUAAUAAUGCAUCGUCAGCACUAACACCCGCGGCUCCUGGUGCUUCCGCUCCUGCUACAUCAGCAGCAGGUACACCAGCAGGGAUUGUUCCAGUUUCAACAAACACUCCAAAAAGCUUGAAUAACAAUAUCAAUAUCAACAUGAAUAAUAACAAUAUUGCCCAGCAACAAGCUAAGAAGCCAAGAAAGCAAAGAGUGAAGAAAAAGACCAAAAAGGAAUUGGAACUAGAACGUAAAGAAAGGGAGAACUUUCAGAAACGACAACAAAAACUUUUAGAAGAUCAACAAAGGCAACAAAAAUUGUUAUUGGAGACAAAAUUGCGCCAACAGUAUGAAAUUGAACUAAAAAAAUUGCCUAAAGUUUAUAAGAGAUCAAUGAUUAGAAAUUAUAAACCCAUGGUCAACCGUCUAAAGCAUUAUAACGGUUAUGAUAUCAAUUACGUUUCUAAAAUAGGUGAGAAGAUAGAUUCCAACAAGCCAAUUUUCCUCUUCGCGCCAGAGCUAGGUGCGAUUAAUUUACAUGCUUUAUCAAUGUCCCUGCAAUCGAAAAAUCUUGGUGAAAUAAAUACUGCCUUGAACACGUUGUUAGUCACAAGCGCUGACUCGAAUCUAAAGAUAUCUCUGGUUAAAUAUCCUGAAUUACUAGACUCCUUGGCAAUACUCGGUAUGAACCUACUGUCAAAUUUAUCACAGAAUGUCGCCCCAUAUCAUCGAAAGACUUCGGAUUAUUAUUACGAAGAUGUUGAAUCGAAUCAAUACUACGUUACCCAACACGAUAAAAUGGUUGAUAAAAUUUUCGAAAAGGUAAACAACAGCGGUACACUUACACCAAAUGAUUCUAGCGAUGAGAAAGUCACUAUUCUGGUAGAUUCUUUAACGGGUAAUCAAUUACCAACACCAACACCUACUGAAACAGAGACCGAUCUGGGCACUGAGCGUUUCAUAAACAUGCAGUCCACAUCUUCCGCAGUUAAACAGUGGGACUUAUUACCUGAACCAAUAAGAUUUCUACCUAAUCAAUUUCCUUUGAAAAUUCACAGAACUCCCUAUUUGAACUCUUUGAAAAAAAUCAAGGACGAAAUUGAUGAUCCGUUCACAAAAAUAAAUACCAGAGGGGCAGAAGAUCCCAAAGUACUGAUUAACGAUCAACUGUCUACCAUCUCAAUGAUUUUGAGGAAUAUUUCGUUCUCAGAUAACAACUCCAGAAUCAUGUCAAGAAAUUUUUACUUAAAGAGAUUCAUAUCAGAUCUACUUUGGCUAGUUUUAGUUCAUCCCGAAAACUUUACAUGCAAUAGGAAAAUAUUAAAUUUCAAGAAGGAUUUGGUUAUUGUUUUAUCAAACAUCUCCCAUUUAUUAGAGAUCACUUCGUCGAUUGAUUGCUUAUUAAUUCUAAUUUUAGUAAUAAGUUUUGGACAACGAAAACUCAAUCCAAUGGCGUCUUCGUCAUCGUUUGGCUCAGAUUUUUUAACUUUCAACGAAUUCCAAUUGCAAUGGGGCAAAUAUCAAACUUUUGGUGUAGAUAUUUUGGCCAAAUUAUUCUCGUUGGAAAAACCAAACUUGAAUUAUUUCAAAUCAAUCUUACUGAACAACAACAUAUCCAGUAAUCAUUAUGAUCGCAACAGUAACAACAACCAUAAAGACAGAAAGUUGUUACGAAGGCUUUUGGAUUUAUACAAUGAUAACAAUAAAAAUAAUAACAAUAAGCAUAAUUUAUUGAAUGAUGUGGUUUCGUUUUUGUUUUCUGUCAUACCAUUGCAACAAGUGCUUUCGCAAUCAGCUGAUCCAAGUUCGCUGAUUGACCAAUUUUCCCCUGUAAUUUCUCAAAGUUUGACUAGCAUUUUAGUCAUCGUACAAAAAAUAUUGCCCUUAUCUAAUGAAGUAUUUGCAAUUAGCGAAAAUAACUCAAACAGUAAUAACAACAACAACAGCAACAAAGAUUCCAGCUUCAACUUCAACAAGAACUUACCAUUUGUUUGGUUGGGCUCCGAAGAAAAUAUCGGAUCCGGACUGUUGAAAUUAAGUGAGCUAAUAUUGAACAUUAAUAAUUCCGCUAGUAAGAAUACUUUGUUACAACAACAAAAUUAUCUAAAGGUGCUUUUACCGUCAAUCAACGUAUCCUGUGUUCAGUUAAUCAGAUGUUUGAUUGAAAAAAGUAUUUGUUUUGAAAACUGUUUAAACAACGACCCGGACAUAUUAAAAAAAAUAGCAUCAAUUCCAAAUUUGUUCCCUACCGAUUUAGAAAUCUUCCAGCUAUUCACAAAUCCAUCAAUUGAUAUUCAAGUAAUAAACCAAUAUCAAUUACUUUACAAUUUAAAAAAUGAUAUCUUGACUAAUUUGAAAUGA